UUUUUUUCCCUUUUAUUAACUCGAAUAUAAAAUAAUGCGUGCCGUUUUAGUUAAACAAUCAGGUGAUGCUUCCCAGCUCUACUUGGGCGAACACGAAACGCCUGUUCCAAAGGGCACUCAAAUCUUAGUCAAGGUCAAAUGCUUUGCCUUGAACAGAAUGGAUAUUAACCAAAGACAAGGAACUUAUCCUCCUCCUCCAGGUGCUAGUCAUAUUCUCGGUGUCGAAGUCUCUGGUACUGUUGAAGCUAUUGGUGAAAAAGUAUCUCAAUUUAAAUUGGGUGAUGAAGUGUUUGGACUCAUGCCCGGAGGUGGUUAUGCUCAAUAUGCUGUCAUUGAAGAAUCAUUAGCCAUGCAUAAGCCUGAGAAGCUUUCCUUUGAAGAAGCUGCUGCCAUCCCAGAAACCUGGUUCACUGCUUAUCAAGCUCUCUUUUUUGUUGGUGAAUUGGAAAAAGGUGAAGAUGUGCUCAUUCAUGCAGGUGCAUCCGGUGUUGGCAUAGCUGCAAUUCAGUUGGCCAAGGACAGAGGCGCACGUAACGUUUACGUAACCGUUGGUUCGGAUGAAAAGGCCAAGUUCUGUGAAAGUAUCGGCGCAACCAAAGCCAUCAAUUACAAGACUCAAAAAUGGGGAGAAGUGAUCAACGAGUUGACUGAUAAAAAAGGUGUCCAGCUCAUCAUUGAUGUCAUCGGUAAAGACUACUGGGAGCAGAACGUAAGCAGCUUGGCUUUAGAUGGCCGUAUGGUCAUAUUGGCUUUUAUGAGUGGCAAAGUUGCUGAUCAGGUCGACCUUUCGACCAUUUUGAGAAAGAGAUUAACGAUCCGUGGUUCUAAUCUUCGUGCCCGUACUGUAGAAUAUCAAACAAAAUUACGAAAUGAAAUCUACAAUAAUGCAGUGUUGAGCCAUUUCGCUAAAGGAGAUGGGAAAUUAAAACUAUUUGUGGAUAAAGUAUUCCAAUGGGAAGAUAUCAUUGAAGCCCAUAAAUAUCUCGAAAGCAAUCAAUCAAUGGGUAAAAUCGUUGUUAGGGUAACUGAUAACCAAUAAAGCAAUCUCUCUUUUGCCGAAUGAAACAUAAACUGUCAGUCUACGUAUAUGCUUUUUUUUUUUUCCAAUCUCUUUUUUAUUAUUAAUUUGUCUGUCUAAACAGUUGUUCAAAUUUAUUUUUCGGGAAUUUCGAUUUCACCGGCGUCAAUAGCAUCUUGGAUAUCCUUGGGGCUUUGUCCAUCAACGGUACAACCGACAGAGAAAGCAGUACCGAGAAUUUCCUUAACGGUACCCUUGAGUUCACGAGCCAAAGACUUGAAACGCAUAGUACGUGCGAUUUCAAUAACAUCGUCCAAGGAAAUGUUACCAGAGUGCUUGAUGUUCUUUUCCUUCUUACGGUCACGAAC